CAGAAACAAUCAAGGGUUCUAGUCUCAGACAUCACAACCAAAAAAAAAAUAGCAAAAAUGUUCAAAUACGUGCUGCUCUUCGCUUUCGUCGUCUACGUCUCAGCCGUUGGCAGCUCCGAUGAUGCCACUGCCGAAGUCAAAUCCCAGCACGCCGAUGUCCGCCCCGAUGGUUUCGAUGCUGACCUCGAUACAAGCAACAGCAUUCAUGUCGUGUCAGCUGGUGAUGCCCAAGGCAACAUUAAGGGUGAAUUCGGUUGGGUAUCGCCCGAAGGUACCAACGUCCAAUUAACCUAUGUUGCCGAUGAGAAUGGUUACCAGCCAAAGAGCGAUCUCUUGCCCACUCCACCACCAACUCCAGAAGCCAUCAUCAAGGAGCUCGAAUACCUCAAGUCUCACCCCCAAAAGGAAACCAAGAACUAAACCGCAAUAAGAUAAAUGAUGAUGGAUGAUUUUGCCGCACAUAGCUUAUGGGAUGAUGUUAUUGAUUUUGGACACUACAACUGGCAUUGUGGAUGCUUAUUAUUAUAUGAAUUGUGAAGUGAAUAAAUGAAGAUGUUUCUUAUAU